CAACGGGGACUGGACCCACCAGGUGCUGGGGAUGCUGGAAAUUCCCCCCGGUGCCGGGUGGAGCACGUCAGCCUGGAGCACCCCCUCAGCCAGGACUGGGCCCACGACCCCCGAAUCCUUUCUCCAGCCCCGGGGCGCCGCGGGGGCCCCAACGCCCUCAGCAAUCCCAAAGCGCCCACGCCGCCCUGCGCGCCCAAGUCCAGCGCAGCGCGGCUGAUGACUCAUCAGUCGCGCGGGAAGACGCCUCGAAAAGGGCCCCCGACUGCGCCCUCAAGCAAGCCCAGCGCGCCCGCAACCCCAACAAACGGCGCCGCCCGGCGUAUUGGGGCGUCGCAGCUGUCGGCGCUGGGCAAUGGAGCGUGGGUGUUCCAGUGGAUGGGAAAGGCUGAGUGUCACUUCAUCAGCGGCACCGAGUGGGUGAGGUACGUGCAGAGGUACAUCUACAACCGGGAGCAGUACGCCCACUUCGACAGCGAUGUGGGGGUCUUUGUGGGGGACACCCCGUAUGGAGAAUUCUGGGCCAGGCAAUGGAACAACAACCCCGAAAUUCUGGAGUACGAACGGGGUGAAGUGGACAGGCUCUGCCGGCACAACUACAAACUUGGUGCUCCGUUCAGAGUGCAGAGGAGAGUGCCCCCCAGCGUGUCCAUCUCGCUGGUGCCGUCGAGCUCCCAGCCCGGCCCCGGCCGCCUGCUCUGCUCCGGGAUGGAUUUCUACCCUGCGCCGGUGCAGGUGAGGUGGUUCCAGGAUGGGCAGGAGCUGCCGGAGCACGUGGUGGCCACCGACGUGGUCCCCAACGGGGACUGGACCUACCAGGUGCUGGUGCUGCUGGAAAUCCCCCCCCGGCGCGGGGUCACCUACAGCUGCCAGGUGGAGCACGUCAGCCUGGAGCACCCCCUCAGCCGGCACUGGGAGAUGCCACCGGACACCGUCCGCAGCAAGAUCCUGGUGGGGGUCGGGGGCUUCGUCUUGGGCUUGGUCUUCCUGGCGCUGGGGCUCGGCUUCUACCUGCGGGAGAAGGUAAAGGGGGGUCCCCAAAUGGGGGUCGUGUCCCCACCUUUCCCAGAGCUUAGCUCCUGA